AUGGUCCUCGCCGAGCUUCGUCUUGCUCGUCUCCAUCACCUGCACCUCGAGCCGCUCGGCCUCCUCCCACCGGCCCUGGUUCCUGUACGUCGAUGCCAGGUUGGCCAUACUGGUCAGCGUGUCGGGAUGGUCCUCGCCGAGCUUCGUCUUGCGAGUCUCCAUCACCUGCACCUCGAGCCGCUCGGCCUCCUCCCACCGGCCCUGGUUCCUGUACGUCGAUGCCAGGUUGGCCAUACUGGUCAGCGUAGAGGGAUGGUCCUCGCCGAGCUUCGUCUUGCGAGUCUCCAUCACCUGCACCUCGAGCCGCUCGGCCUCUUCCCACCGGCCCUGGUUCCUGUACGUCGAUGCCAGGUUGGCCAUACUGGUCAGCGUGUCGGGAUGGUCCUCGCCGAGCUUCGUCUUGCGAGUCUCUAUCACCUGCACCUCGAGCCGCUCGGCCUCCUCCCACCGGCCCUGGUUCCUGUACGUCGAUGCCAGGUUGGCCAUACUGGUCAGCGUAGAGGGAUGGUCCUCGCCGAGCUUCGUCUUGCUCGUCUCCAUCACCUGCACCUCGAGCCGCUCGGCCUCCUCCCACCGGCCCUGGUUCCUGUACGUCGAUGCCAGGUUGGCCAUACUGGUCAGCGUGUCGGGAUGGUCCUCGCCGAGCUUCGUCUUGCUCGUCUCCAUCACCUGCACCUCGAGCCGCUCGGCCUCCUCCCACCGGCCCUGGUUCCUGUACGUCGAUGCCAGGUUGGCCAUACUGGUCAGCGUGUCGGGAUGGUCCUCGCCGAGCUUCGUCUUGCGAGUCUCCAUCACCUGCACCUCGAGCCGCUCGGCCUCCUCCCACCGGCCCUGGUUCCUGUACGUCGAUGCCAGGUUGGCCAUACUGGUCAGCGUGUCGGGAUGGUCCUCGCCGAGCUUCGUCUUGCGAGUCUCCAUCACCUGCACCUCGAGCCGCUCGGCCUCCUCCCACCGGCCCUGGUUCCAAAACGUCGAUGCCAGGUUGGCCAUACUGGUCAGCGUGUCGGGAUGGUCCUCGCCGAGCUUCGUCUUGCGAGUCUCCAUCACCUGCACCUCGAGCCGCUCGGCCUCCUCCCACCGGCCCUGGUUCCAAAACGUCGAUGCCAGGUUGGCCAUACUGGUCAGCGUGUCGGGAUGGUCCUCGCCGAGCUUCGUCUUGCGAGUCUCCAUCACCUGCACCUCGAGCCGCUCGGCCUCCUCCCACCGGCCCUGGUUCCAAAACGUCGAUGCCAGGUUGGCCAUACUGGUCAGCGUGUCGGGAUGGUCCUCGCCGAGCUUCGUCUUGCGAGUCUCCAUCACCUGCACAAAGAGCCGCUCGGCCUCCUCCCACCGGCCCUGGUUCCAAAACGUCGAUGCCAGGUUGGCCAUACUGGUCAGCGUGUCGGGAUGGUCCUCGCCGAGCUUCGUCUUGCUCGUCUCCAUCACCUGCACGUCGAGCCGCUCGGCCUCCUCCCACCGGCCCUGGUUCCAAAACGUCGAUGCCAGGUUGGCCAUACUGGUCAGCGUGUCGGGAUGGUCCUCGCCGAGCUUCGUCUUGCGAGUCUCCAUCACCUGCAUAAAGAGCCGCUCAGCCUCCCCCCACCGGCCCUCUAG